AUGGCUUACGGAUUUAAAAAGCUUCAUUUGCAGGAUAAAAUGGAAUUCGCGCGUUUUAGUACAUGGACUGCUUUUAAAGUAGAAAAACGUUAUUAUGAACAGUGGGGUCAUUAUUCAUCAGGAUCCGGUUGUUCUGCUGUUGCCGGUACUACAGUUGUUACACAAGUUGACGAGAAGGACUUAACAAAGAGCAUCAAUACUUAUGAUCAAUUUACUUUUGAACCCUAUCAAGAAUCUCUUUUUUACACUUUAAUACAACGAGCUGGUUUCAAACUCGUUAGUUCAGAUACAUCGUUUAGUACUCACGUAUACAAUGCCGAUGAUAACGGUGGAUACAUACGUGAUGAAUACAAAACUCCAAAGAGUGAUGUUCGUUUUUAUAAGAAAGAAAGAAAAAACGAUAAAAAUUUUUUUUAUGAUGAUUAA